AUGAUUGCUGUCGCGAAAAUAAAAAUAGGAUUAUUUGCUCUACUAGUGGCCCUGACAGCUCCAGGCACUAUUGCCUUUUACUGUCGUCACGAGGUGGCGACAAACUGUUUUUUGUAUGCAUCCGUGGAAACAAUCCAAACCACAGACGCAGCAUCCGUCUGCGGUCGGGUUCUGGAUGAAAUGAAAGCAAACCAUGGACAAGCCCGCGAGUAUGCAAAUAUGUUUGGGCUUGGAGAAACUGAAGCGGGGUUGUUCUGUCUAUUUGAUUCGAUGCGCAAAGCUGAAAUUGGGUUGGGUUUGAAAGGAUCACCAUUCUUUCUAAGGAAAGAUGAUAUUACAUCUGCACUUGGUGGACAAGACGAUGAGCUCUUUGAUGGGUUUUUCACAAUGGAAGAUUUAGAAAAGGCAGUAAAAGAUGACUUCUUGGAUGCUUCGAGAGGCUCGACUGAUAAUCGAAAAGGAUGGAAGAUCUCUUCAGUCAGCAAUCCUCGUGGCGACUCUUUCGAAGAGGCGCGGAUGAGGUUUGAGGACGUCCAACAGGCCUUGGAAAAAGGGACUGUGAUCCUCAAUGCGGCUGGAGCGCAUAUUCCGAAGCUAGCGGGAUUGUGUUUGGCCGCCACUGAUGCGACUUCGACACCCAAUGCCAUGAAUCUAUACGUGACUUCUAAUGGCAAAAGGACUUCUGCACCUCCCCACACUGACAAGCAGGAUGUAGUCGUAGUUCAAACCUCGGGCAAAAAAUUUUGGAGAGUAUAUAUGCCCACCGAUCCAUCGGCGAAACCAAUGGCAGACUUGUUUGCGCGAGGGAAGGGAGACGACAACCUUCCCCUCCAUGUUUUGGAGGAGAACGGAACUUUGUUGCUGGAGACAACCCUCAACGCUGGAGAUGUCUUAUUUAUUCCUGCUGGCUUCCCCCAUACCACUGGCACUGCAUUUGAUGACUCCGAAGAAGAAGAUACAAGCGUACAUAUGACAAUAAAUGUAGAUACGCACGUUUGGGAGCUUGAUUACCUCAGCGCUCGACGACUUGUGUUGCGAAGAGGUUGCGUUCAGGACUCUGCCCUCGGGCAGUCGCAAGAAGAUGAAAAUCGUUAUUGCGGCAAGGUAAAUACACUUCCAAAGGACCUUCAUAGUGACAUUUUUGACGCCAUUCCGCUUGGAUUCCUCGACGAAGCGCCUGUAGCGAAUGUGGCGUCUGUAGAAUCGGUUUCAAAUGAGCUAUCGAGACGUGCAAAAGGUGUGGAUGCCGCUACUUACGCCAAAAUCGACGAAAGGUUGUGGAAAGAAACUGUCAGACGUCUACGAAUACAUGGGAUGGAGUUGGUCUCCAUUCACAGAGACAUGUAUCUUGCGGCUCUGGAAGAGGGGCUAGCACGAAAUUUGGAGGAGGAGAUGACGGCUCACUUGGACAAGCCGAAGAAAAAGGCAAUGACCCCUGAACGGAUGCAACGACUCUCUCUGUUUCGUGUGCAACGAUACUAUGAACAAAUUAACAAGUGCAAAGCUGAUCUUGUUGCGUGGUCCUACGCCGGCAAAGCCUCGGACUCUGCUGGUUUGCCAGAAGAUUGGGCUUUCUCACUGCCCCUUAAAGUUGGCGACCAAGUGGAAGCGGACCUUGGAGGAGCUUUCUUUCCUGCUACGGUUACGCGUGUUGCAAACAAUGCUUAUGAUGUUAAGUUCUUUGAUGGCGAUAUGGAAAGUGGCCUUGAGCGUUCGAUGCUUAAAUUGCUCGCACCCCCAGUGGUUCACUCGGAUGAACCUGAUACCGCCAGUAUGACCAAAAAGCAACUCAAGAGAUGGAAGAAACAGCAGGAGAAGAAAGGAAAACAUUGA